CGCAAACAGUCAGUUGGGCUCUCUCCAUCUUCCUCCUCCGUCACUCUGCAUAAAAUACAGCUACGGCUACAGAGAGAACUGCGUCUUCAAGCGGCGAUUACUCCCCUCUUGUCCAGACACCUCUCUCGUUCCUCUACACGCUUCCCUAUCCGAUUCUCUUAUUUCUUCGUCUUUCUAUGGAGUUUGAACUGAGGCAUGUGGGUGGAAUCGAGAACUGUUUUGUAUCCCUCCCCUUGCAACUAAUCCAAACCCUCGAAUCCACCCGCCCUGGUGGCAUCCUCCCUCAAGUCCUCACCCUCGAACUUCGCUCUCCAAGCGCAAAUGACAAAUGGGUUGUGGCUUGGUCUGGCGCUACCUCCUCUUCUUCCGCUAUUGAGGUUUCUCGACAGUUUGCGGAUUGCAUUUCCUUGCCGGACCAUAUUAGUGUUCAAGUCAGAGCUGUUUCCAAUGUGGCAAGUGCUACAUUAGUUACUAUAGAGCCCAGUAGUGAGGAUGAUUGGGAAGUGUUGGAACUUAACUCAGAGGAAGCUGAGGCUGCCAUAUUAAAGCAGGUCAGGAUUGUCCAUCAAGCAAUGAGAUUUCCUUUGUGGCUGCAUGGCCAUACCACCAUCACAUUCCUUGUGGUUUCGACAUUUCCCAAGAACGUGGUGGUUCAACUUGUGCCAGGAACUGAAGUUGCAGUUGCUCCAAAGAGACGCAAAACCGAUGUGAACAAACAAGAUAUUUUGGUACAGUCAUCUACUGAAAAGUUUAAUAUUGCAAAGGCAUUAUUGCGUCUUCAGGAUCCAGAUAGAAGAUUCUUCCACAAAAGUGAGGUCAAAGGUGUUGAGCUGGGUGUUGUGCUCACUUCUAUUGCUUACAUUCAUCCUGAAACUGCCAAAAAACUUUCACUGAACUCUCUUCAGUUGGUUACUGUUGUACCAAGAUUAUCAUCAAAAGAGGUCAUAAGAACACCUGAAAGCGAUGUUAUGAAGAAGAAAAUCUCUUCUGCCCUUAAGGAAGUUAACAAUGACACUUUGAUUGACAAGAAAGAAUAUCGCCAAGCAAUGGUUCACAUUUUGUUUUCAGAUUCAGUGGGUGAAGGACAUCUAAUAAUAGCACAGUCUCUUUGUCUGUAUUUAAAAGCAAGCCUACACUCAUGGGUUUAUUUAAAGAUUUGCAGUUCAGAUUUGAAGGAAGAUAUUUCCUCUCUGUCACUUUCUCCUUGCUACUUUAAGAUGCCUGGACAGGAUAAGCCUAUUGUGAAUAAUGGUCUAGAAGUGCUUGAUAGCCAUAGAAGUCAAAAGCCAAGUAACAUGCUUUCAGAAACCAUCUCAGGCACCUAUAUGGGUACUGUAGAUUGUUCAAUCCAUGAGAAAAUUCUUGUUGCUCUUUCAUCUGACUUUCCUUGUAAAGGGGAUGUAGAUACUUCUUUUCAGUCUGACAAUAGACAGGGAUUAAGAAGACUUCUUCAAGCUUGGUUUCUUGCACAACUUGAUGCUAUUGCUUCAGCUUCUGGAUUGGAAGCUAAUUCACUAAUUUUAGGAAAAGAAACUGUACUUCACUUUGAAGUGAAAGGAUGUGACUUUGAGUCUGAUAGGAAGGUUAAGGUACAGGAUUCAAAUGGAUCACUCGAAAACAGAAAAAACAUUGGUGAGAUGCCACUUGAAUUUCUCUUUUUGCUGACCAUUUCUGGGGAAUUGCUACAUGGCAGAAAAGUUAACUCAUACAAGCUUGCCUUUGAUGAAAGCAAAAAGGAAAAUUCAGCAGGCAUGGAAUUGUUUGGAAAACUAAAGUUGGGUGACCCUGUAUCCCUUUAUACUCUCAAGGAGAGAAACUCUGUGAAAGGCUUUAGUGCAAAUCUAUCUUCCUUGAGCUGGAUGGGGACUACUGCUACUGAUGUAAUUAACAGAAUUAAGGUGUUGUUGUCUCCUACUUCUGGGAUAUUAUUCACUACUUACAAUCUUCCUCUCCCUGGACAUGUUCUGAUUUAUGGACCUCGUGGUUCUGGUAAGACUAUUUUAGCAAGAGCAGUUGCAAAAUCCCUUGAAGAAUGUGAAGACCUUUUAGCACACACAGUGUUUGUAGGGUGCUCUGGACUUGCUCUAGAAAAAGCCUCAACCAUUCGUCAAGCACUUUCUGCUUACAUAUCUGAAGCUUUGGAUCAUGCACCUUCUCUCAUCAUCUUUGAUGAUCUUGAUAGCAUUAUUUCGUCCUCUUCUGACUCAGAAGGACAUCAAUCUUUAACCUCUGUUGUUGCUCUUACAAAAUUUCUCACAGAAAUUAUGGACGAAUAUGGGGAAAAAAGGAAGUGCUCAUGUGGAAUUGGACCGCUUGCUUUUAUAGCUUCCGUGCAGACUCUGGAGAAUAUUCCACAGUCAUUAAGCUCAUCAGGUCGGUUCGACUUUCAUGUGCAACUGCCUGCUCCUGCUGCCUCAGAACGCCAGGCUAUACUAAGGCAUGAAAUCCAGAGGCGUUCCCUUCAGUGUUCUGAACAUAUCUUGUUAGAUGUAGCUGCCAA